AUGGGGUAUUUUUCAGACAUUGUCGGACAGACCUGCGGCGUCGGUGUGACCCGUGCUUUGGUCGAUACGGAUUCCGAAUGGGUUUAUCGCCUCCCCUUCGCAUUGCAGUGGGUGUUCAUCACAGCUAUUCUGACCGGGGUUUUAUGUGCACCUCAAAGCCCUUGGUGGCUAAUCCGCCAAGAUCAGCCGGACGAUGCUCGGAAAUCACUGUUGCGUCUGACUAGCAAAGGUACAGGCGCCUUGGGUGUAGACGAGAUUGUGAAGAUGAUGAAACAUACAAACGAGGUCGAUAAAUACUACGGAAACGGCAAGAUUACCUACCUUAACCGUUUUCGUGGUGUGGACCGGCGCCGAACGGAGAUCACCACAAUGGUGUGGGCCACGCAACAGGUCUGCGGCUCGACUCUGACAUUUUACGCCCUCCCCGUCUAUGUACAAUCUGGGGCUCAAGUGCACGAUGCCUUCAGUCUAGCCGUGGGGAUGUAUGGAGUGUCAAUCUGCGCGAACAUCAUCUGCUGGUUCCUGCUGCAAUGGGUCGGACGUCGCCGCCUCUUCCUUUCUGGUUGCGACCCAGGGACUCUUGGGUCCUUGAUAAUCGCGCUGACUGCCGUUUAUCAAACGACGUUAGGCCCCGUGGCGUAUAUGCUAGUAGUGGAAAUUCCUUCCACACGACUCCGAGUUAAAACCGUUGGCGUUGGGCGUGUGGUGUACAAUAUCACCAGUAUUAUUACCAACACGCUUGCCUCGGGCAUGCUUAGUCCCACCGCGUGGAACUGGAAGAGGAAAUCAUCCUUUUUCUUUGUCGGCACCACGAUCCUGUGUCUUAUGUGGUGCUAUUUCAGGCUUCCCGAGCCAUACGGGCUCAGUUAUCUUGAGAUCGGUAUUCUGUUCGUGAAGCGGGCGAAGGCUGCCAAGUUCCGUGUUUUCCGACGCAAUUUGGAGAAAUCGGGAUAA